AUGGCUUUUGGGAAGAGAAAAUUCAAGGAAUUGGUUGAGGUGCAUGAAUGUUCAAGUGAAGAUAGUGAAGCUGAAGAUACUAAUGAUGUGUCUAAAGAACAAUCAGGUCUACAUGUAUCAGAGGAAGAGCUUAUAAAAGUAAGUUAUAAUUCAAAGUCAAAGCCGUUGCUAGAGGAGGUUACCAUAUGUGGUGCUGUACAAGGUAAGAAUCUGGGAGGCUCAAAAAGUUGGCAAUGUAAACACUGCAAAAUACAAAAGAAUAGCUCAUAUACAAGAAUACAUUAUCAUUUUUUUGGUCCUCCACCUGGAAAGAAGGUAGGGAUACAAAGAUGCUCUGUAAUGAUGAAUGAUAGGACUGAAUAUGAAAAAUUAAGAAAGAGAGUUCAAGAGGCAGAAAAGGCAGGUGUGUGUCUCUCUCUUAGGAAUUCUAGAAUCAUUAAAAAAGAAAAGAUACAACCUGCAAAUCAAAUUGAAGAAGCUUUCAGUACAAUGAGGAGAGAUGUUGUGGAUUUACAAGUGAUGAAGGCAUUGUGUGCCAAUGGAAUUCCAUUCAAUGUUUUAAGAAACCCUCAAUGGUGUGAGAUGGUAAGAGCAAUUAACCAUGCUCCUGCUGGUUAUAAGUGUCCUUCAUAUGAAAAGGCAAGAACAACAUUGUUGGAUGAAUGUAAAAGGAGUGUUGAGAAUGAUUUAGGACCAAUAAAAGAGACUUGGUAUCAUCAAGGGGUUUCAAUAGUUUCUGAUGGUUGGUCUAAUGUCAAGCACCAGCCACUGAUUAAUGUUCUAGCAGUGAACCGUAGAGGAGCUAUGUUCAUGUAUGCUGAUGAUUUUUCUGGUAUUGAAAAAACAGGGGCAGCUAUCUCACAGUAUUUGUUGAAGGUUAUUGAAGAAAUUGGUGCAUCCAAUGUUCUUCAAGUGGUUACUGACAAUGCUGCCAAUUGCAAAUUGGCAGGAAAGGAAAUUGAAAAGGUACACAAGCAUAUUUUUUGGUCACCUUGUGUUGUGCACACAUUGAAUUUGGUAUUUAAGGAUUUUGCUAAUUCAUUUGAGUGGUUGAAGAGCACAUACAAGAUGGGAAAAGCUAUAGUUAAAUACUUUGUUAACCAUUCACAAUCUUUGGCAAUUUUUCGAAGUAAUUCUAGACUUGAUUUGCUUAAAGUGGCCAAGACAAGAUUUGCCUCCCAUUACAUCAUGUUGAAGAGGCUAAUAGAUUGUAGGGAGGCACUUGCUACAACAAUUUUUCAAAAAACAUGGAAAGAAUGGGUGAAAAAUGGGGAUGAAAGAACAAGAACAAUGGGUGCUUUAGUUUCUGAUAUUAUAAUUCGUGAAGAAUUUUGGGAAGAAGUUGAAAAUAUUAUCACCAUUACCAAACCAAUUUAUUUGCUAAUCAAAUUUUCUGAUGGUGAUGGUGCCAAGAUGGGAGAAAUGUACGAAAGAAUGGAUGUUAUGCUUGGAGAAAUAAAAGAUAUCAUGAAGGAAAACAAGUAUGCAAGCGAUUAUCCUGAAAUGGAAAGAAUUGUGUUGGCUAGGUGGGAGAAAUGA